UUUUGAGACGUAAAAAUGGCAUUCAAUUACCACUGAGUUUAUUUAAAGCUGAGUUUUUCAACUAUUGAGGCCAGAAUAUUUGUGAUGGAGAGAGCGGCAAGCAGACCAAAUUUCUUGACCCCAUAUUGCCACCCAACACAAGCCUUUCCAAUGGCCCAGUGAAAUAAAUGGCCAUUCAAGUCUGACAUGAUCACUAAAAUGUAGGGAAUCAAUGAUCUAACACUAGUACACUACCAACCCAACCUCUUCAAUUCAUUUCCAUAUUUUUCUCUCAAACAAACUAAAGUACUAAAAGGCGGUUCCUUUGACCCUUCUGGGCAAUCUUCAAGAACAAGAAACAUGGCGUCUUCUGCUCCUUUGAACUUGUCGGACAGAAGAAAAGGUAGGAGAAGAGCCAGCGCUGAUGACGCGGCGGCUCUGGUGAAAGCGGCGGCGUGGGCAUGGUAUGAACAUGGGUCAGGGUCGGAACGGCCGUUGCGUGAAAUGGAUUAUCAGCUGGAAAGGACUGAAAAGAUUAUUCAGAGACCUUCCAGGUAUAAGCUGGAAGCUAUAAGGGAAGUAGAAGAAGGCAAAAGAAUGGCGAAUCAUCAUCAACGCUCAAGUUCGACGAUUCCGAUGAUAUUGUCGUCGUCCCCUACCCCACCUACCCACACUUAUAUCUCCACCCUUCUCGACAAGUACGAGAUUCAGCGAAUAUCGCUGCAGCUGGACCGCUACAUAGAAAACAGCCACGGUGACUACUGUUACGGCGUUCUCGGCAACGCUACUGAUCGCCGGAGAGUGGCGUCGGUGUCGGAGAGUGGGACCAGCAGCGAAAGGAAGACCAAGAAGCCGCCGCCGCCGUCGUCGUUUAAGGGGUUUUGGCUGAGGCAUGCAGCGGUGUGUGGGUCGAGCAGUACUGAUGUGGUGGAAACUGGAAGCGUUGGCCGUUCAUCACGGUGGCCGCCGAGAGGGAAGCGUGUUUUUCCGGCGGUGAAGACCGUCGGGUGUGGACCACGGCCAUCUUGCAUCUAGCGAAACUUGGCUACUAGCCUUUGUAAGUGUCACGUUGUUUCUUUAUCGUACGGUGAAUAUAACCGUGUUCUACUGUAUUUUCAAAAUUUAUCUCAUUUUUACAUGAUGUAGCAAAUAAAUAUUUGAUAUUUUUAUCAUAUGGAUUUCAGAAAAAAUUUCUAUAUCAAAAAUUUGUGAGAAAAAUAGACAUUAAGAAUAAAAAAUAAGAGUUCAAGUAGUAUUUUUCAUAUAUUACUGUCUAAGUUUGAGGUUGAAGUUUAAAAAUAUGUUAGAAUGUAUUCAAAUAUUUUCUGUAAUAAUUAAAGUAAAUGAUACUUAUAUUCAAAUUUAAUUG